AGGACUGUGGCGACGGAAGGGGUUGGACCGUCCACGCCAGGCGGUGAUUGGUUGUCGAGAAGCGGGGCGACUCGACCGCUGGAGAGGUAGCCGCAGCGGUGAGGAGAGCCAUGGGUCAGGCGGCCAAGGUUUUACAGCUCUUUAGAACAUUGCACAGGACCAGACAACAAGUUUUUAAAAAUGAUGCCAGAGCACUAGAAGCAGCCAGAAUAAAGAUAAAUGAAGAAUUCAAAUGUAAUAAAAGUGAAACUUCUCCUAAGAAAAUAGAAGAGCUGAUAAAAAUAGGUUCUGAUGUUGAAUUGAUACUGAGAACAUCUGUUAUACAAGGUAUUCAUACAGACCACAAUACGCUGAAAUUGGUCCCUAGGAAAGACCUUCUUAUAGAAAAUGUGCCGUAUUGUGAUACACCAACUCAGAAGCAAUGAAUUUUUCUAGAAUAAAAUCAAGUCUUUGUUAUUUUUAAUUUUAAAAUAUAUAACUCUGGCAAACGUCCUGGAAAUUAUCACAAAACAGCUUGGCAUUUUACCACCUAAUGAUCCACUCUCAGCCCUUCUUGAUGCUGCUCUCAGCCUUUUCUGGGAAGACUGACCUGUAUAAAUCAGCUCAAGUGUUUCCCAUACCCUCUGGCUUUUGAUUGGUUCAGCGAGUGGAGGACCCUGGACAGAAAUCAGGGGGAGGGAAGAGAGUGAAGGCAGGUAUUUAUUUUUCUGGCUCUGUCCCUGAGAGGUUGCCUCAGGUUGGCAUCGUCCCUCAAAGUUUCUGUCAAGGUGAUCUCUGUACAGUUCUUCCCUUGCAGUUUGAGUAAGAGCUUCCCUCCCCUCCUCAGAUCUGGGUCAGCAACAUCUCAUCCAUGUGAGUUCCCCUACACACGUAGUUUUGUAAUAGUACCUUUAUAAACAAAGCUUCCUCAAACAUGUAUUAUAAGUACAUUAUCUUUUUCCCGUUGGGACUGCCAGUAAUUCACUGCCCUGGGGAAACAUAACACUUUGUGUAGGUGAGAGACAGAUUAAUAAACACAAUUAAGAAAUAAACUAGAAGGCGGUAAGUAAUAGGGAGAAAGAUAAGGCAGGAAAGGAAGAUAGGAAAGCUAGAAAGAGCAGUGUGUUGCAACUGUAAAUCCUGUGAUCAGGGAGGGUCUCACUAAGGAAGUGAUAGUUGAGCAAAGACAAAGGAGGUAUGUGAGGGAUCUUGCCAUGCAGAUAUCUAAGGGAAGAGCUUUCCAAACACAGUGCAGUGUUAAUGCAGUGUUCCUGAGGCAGGUUCUUGUCCGCUGUGUUUGAGGAGAACCAAGUGACAGAGCAAAGUAAUUUUAGGAGGACAGUAGUUGGAGAACAAAAGUCAUAGAAAUGAUAUGGUAGGAGGCAGGGAUUUUCUUUGAAGUGAUACAUAAGUAGAAUUUAUUACUAAAUACCAUAUGAGUAUACAAAAUGUGUUAAUGAAUAACAGCUAAAAAUAUAGUCCAAGAAAUGUGAUAUAAACAUUUUUUAAAUGAUAAAAAUGCUAGGUUAUGUAGGCUAUUAUUAAGGACUGAGAUUUUUACUUUAAUGAAAUACAGAGCCAUUAGAUGGUUUUGGGAAAAGGAGUGAUUUGCUCUGAUUUUAAGUUUUAAAGACAUCAUUCUAGCUUUUGUGCUGAAAGUAGAUUAUGGGGGCAAGGAUGAAUGCAGGGAUACCAAUUAGGAGUCUCCUGCAUUAUUCUAGGUAGGAGAUGACAGUGGCUUAGACCAGAGUGGCAGCAGUGAUGGUGGUGAGAAGUGGCAAGACUCUGGGUAUAUUUUGAUAGUACUCGUGUGUUACCUAAUAGAUUGAGUAUGAGGUGAGACAGAAAGAAAGAAGUCAGAGAUGAUUCCCAAUGGUUAUGGAUUAAGCAACUGAAAGGAUAUUGUUGCCAUCAAUUGUGAUGGUGAAAACAGAAUAGAUUUGUGAAUAAAGAUCAAGAAUUUAGUUUUGAGCAUAUAUUAAUUGAAAUGUCUAGAAAAUAUCCAAGUGGAGUUGUUAAAAAGACAUUGGAUUAACAUCUAUAGUUCAGAAAGUAGUCUGGACUGGAGAUAAAUAUGAGAGCAAUUAAUAUAAAUAAUCAUGACACUAGAUGAAAUCAGCAAGAAAUUGAUUAUAUAAAGAGAAGAAGAAAAGUCAAUGAUUGAGUCUUUUGGGGCACUUCAGCGUUAAGAGUUAAGGAUAGAAGAAACAAGCACAAGAAACAGAGAAGAAGCUUCCAGUAAAGUAGGGUGAAAACAAGGAGAAUGUAGAACAGAGGUUGGCAAACUAUGGGUCACAGGGGCCAUAUGUGACCCACUUCUUUCUUUUGUAAAUAAACCUACAUUGGAACACUGCCA